ACCUAUGCAUUUAACCGACCUCAUUUGCUCAAUAUGAACAUCGUCCACUAUUCGCUACUAUUCUUCGUAGCUGUUGAUUUGCCAUGUACUAUACUACUAUUCGGCUUCUACUCAAGUAGCUGGCUUUUCCAUGUAGACCUUAUCCCUAAGAUGUUCGCCUAUUCGGGCUACACCUCCACUCCACUGGACUUUGUGAUAAUGGCCAUUCUCCGUGCUUUGCUUCUAGCGACUCUUUCGAUUUAUUUACGGGUUUCCGAUCGGAUAGCGAAUUUGAAGAUGCCUAGCUUAGGCGUAGCAACUGCUAUAUAUUGUCAUACACUGGUGAAAUUGCUAUGUUUUUCUGAGCACCCUGUACUGCUCACAUAUCCUGGAGUAUGGAUGACUGUUGGGUGGUCAGUUCUCGCUGCUGUCAUGUUCCUCAUGCUCUGCUGGCAGCUCACAGCACCACGGCUGUCGGGAUAUGGACGACUAGAAGAGGUGGAACAAAGUUCAGGAGAAGAAUCAAAACUUCGUGAGAGUACAUGGCGGCUCACAAAGCUUCUGUUUGGUUAUGCCCGCCAGCAAUGGAAAUGGUUCGGUGCUGGUAUGAUAUUCCUCACUCUAUACGCUCUUUCUCGCGUUUUCAUACCAAGUUUCACUGGCCAAGUUUUGGCUGAAAUCGCCGCGGGAGCUGGAAUGCGUGCGCUGAUACGCUCCGUAGCUCUCAUGAGCCUUUUGGCGUUAAGCAGGUGA